UAAUGGUUUUGAGAAGAUUCUCGCAAUAGUAUAAAAGUGUCUAUGCAUUUUGCAAAGUUGAAUCUUACACAAUAAAACCUUAGAAUACUGUGAUAGAUUACAAGUUUUUAUAAAAGAUUAUAUUUAGUUAGAACAUUAACUUAUAAUCCAUAAUAGAAAAUCAAAUUUGAUUCGUCAAACAAAUCAUUACUCUACUAUUACAAACCUCUGGUAUUCAUAAUUUCUAAAUAUAAUGCAGCUUUGGACUUAUCAGUUAUAAUAUUGGAUAUAUUUAUUCCCCAUGGUAUUGGUUGGGAAUGUGAUCAAGCAUAAUCCUUGUAAUAUUUAAUAUUUAGAUCUUAGUUUAUUCAACUUUUCCUGCAGCAUUGCCAAUGAUGUUUACAGUUGAGUUUUGGCGUAAGCUAAAUUGAAUAAAUUAUAAUAGUGUUUUUGAGAUGGUUCAAGAAAUUCAAAUAUUUGAGAUACGUCGUUUCUGAAGUCUACUUACAUAAGGAUGGUCAAACUGUGGAAGUAGUAUUUGAAAAGAAAUUUUGGGUAAACAAUAAAAUCUCAACGUAUAAACUAGAGAAAAGUAAAGGAAUAGAAUGUGACCCAAAUAUUUUAUGUCACAAAUCUGAAGACUUUGGCUGGAGAUGACAAGAGACCCUUGAAGGGGAAUCUUUUUCCAGAACUAUGGCCAUAGAAAAAGGAAAUGUCUAAAAGGUGGAGAUGGUCAUUUGUUAAAUAUUACCUAAAUCAAAAUAAUUUUCUAGUUUUCCCCUCGAAUCCCAAUUAUGUUAAUACGGAAGUAAUAAUAAGUAGCUAUUUUCAAUAGAUUUUAAUUGCCGUAAUGAAUGGAAAGAUUAUAAAUACAGCAAAGUAAUAUGUAGAAGAUGUUCAAGGAGACAUGCUAUAGAUGGUCGAGGAGGGUAAGAUCAAAUCAGAUACAUUAAUAUGAUUAAGAUAUAGCAUAG